AUGGUACCCAGGGUGAGGGUUGAGGGGAGGUGUGAAAGGUGCCAGCGAACCCCAGUGCUGCUUCUCCCAGCGCGUGUGCUGGUGUUUCUGGUCGUCAUGGAGGCAGUCCUGAUAGAGGAGCUUGAUGAAGAGGAGCAGCUAGUGAGAAGGCAUCGUAAAGAGAAGAAGGAGUUGCAAGCUAAGAUUCAGGGUAUGAAAAAUGCAGUUCCUAAGAAUGACAAGAAGAGGAGGAAGCAACUCAUAGAAGAUGUUGCAAAGUUGGAAGCAGAAAUGGAGCAGAAGCAUAGAGAAGAACUGGAUCAAUUGAAGCAGACUUCUAAGGAGAAUAAGAUAGAUUCUGUUGCUGUUAACAUUUCAGACUUGGUUCUUGAGAAUCAGCAGCCUCGGAUUUCAAAAGCACAGAGGAGACGGGAGAAAAAAGCUGCAUUGGAAAGGGAGCGAGAAGAAAGGAUAGCUGAAGCUGAAAUUGAGAACUUAUCUGGAGCCAGACACCUAGAAGGUCAAAAACUUGCUCAAAUAUUGGCAGCCAGGCAGUUGGAAAUUAAACAGAUUCCGUCUGAUGGCCACUGCAUGUAUAGAGCUAUUGAAGAUCAACUGAAGGAACAGGAUUGCCCCCUGACUGUGGCUGCCUUAAGAAGCCAGACUGCUGAAUAUAUGCAAAGCCAUGUGGAAGACUUUUUGCCAUUUUUAACAAACUCCAACACAGGAGAUAUGUAUACUCUAGAAGAGUUUGGAAAGUACUGUGAUGAUGUUGUAAACACAGCUGCCUGGGGAGGUCAGCUUGAGCUUAGAGCACUGUCUCAUAUUUUACAAACACCGAUAGAAGUAAUCCAGGCCGAUUCUCCUCCUAUUGUAGUUGGUGAAGAAUAUCAAAAGAAACCAUUAAUGCUUGUGUAUAUGAGGCAUGCAUAUGGCUUAGGAGAACAUUACAAUUCUGUUUCACAGUUGAUGAACAAAGCUACGGAAAAGUGCAGCUAGUUUACAAAAUGUUACACGGUUCUGUUUGUGUACACUGUGCCAUCUGAGUAUUCAUCCCACGUGUUGGAUUGGUUCAAAUGUAACAGAAAAACACAACUACCUUAAGAAGAGUUUCAUAACAAAGCUAGUGACACAGUUUUUCAGAAAUGUGUCACAGAU